AUGUCGAGUAAAGUGAUUUUGUCUGAUUAUGAAAUGGACGAGAAAGUUCAAGAAUUCCGGAAGUGGAUUAGCUUGCAAUCGCAUUUACCGCAAAACAUUGAAAAGAUGCUUCUUCUUCGAUACCUCAAAACCUACAAUUUUAAUCUAGACAGAGCAAAAAAGUUACUUGAAUACAGUCUCGAUAUCAGAGCCAACAAUCAACAUAUCUUCACGGGAAGAGACCCAUUGUCGCCGGAAAUUGCAGGCAUGCUUAACUCAAUCGAAAUUGUUCCAAUGUUGAAAGCCACACCAGAAAACUAUAAAGUCAGCAUUCUCCGUCUCAUCGAUUACAACUCGACAAACUUUGUAUUUAAUGAUGUGAUUAAAACAUUCUUUAUGUUUGCUGAUUUGCGGCUUGUUUCGCCGGAUCCAAAUCCUGAAUUAGCAGAUGGCGAGAUACCAAUCUUUGAUAUGAAAGGCAUGACUAUAUGGCAUUUAUUUAGGAUCAAUUUUUCGACAUUGAGACUUUAUUUUAAAUAUGUUCAGGAGGCUCAUCCAGUCAGAGUCACACAAUGUCACAUCAUCAAUUGUACGCCGCUUCUUACAAAAAUUAUGUCACUCAUUCGACCUCUUUUAAAACCUGAAGUUGCAGCUCGUCUUCAAUUCCAUUCACCUGACACUGAUACCCUUUUUAAAAGCAUUCCUAAAGAAGUAUUGCCAAUUGAGUAUGGUGGAACAUCUGGUUCUAUUCGAGACAUGAAAGAAUAUUGGAUGAAGAAGUUAAUAGAACGACGAAAUUAUUUGAAAAAUGACAGCAACUGGAUUGUAGGCAAAGUUGAUAGCAACAACAACGCAGAGCUUGAAAAAGAAUAA